AUGCUCGCUGACGCCGUACAGUCGCUGCUUCCAGCGCUUGGCAAUACGUUAGGCAUUGACAACUUGGAAUCUGUUGUCGAUUUUUUUACCAAAAACGCAUCGUCGUCUACAAACGCCAUAGAUCUUUUAACCCCGUUGGCAGGGCAAUUUGCUCUGCAAUCAUGGGGUCUAUCCCAUGAGUGUAGCCAGGACCUUAUGUUGCUUGUGGAGGACCUCGGGAGCGGUGAACCAUGGACACAACAAGUCCUUGAUGCAUUCGGGAAGCCAGACAGCGGGAUCAUAAAGGGUCGGACUUGGUUCCCUGGCGGCUUCGAUGAAUGUCUGGAUUUACACGCAGAUGCCUAUAACAACGCUACAGACAACAUGCAGACGCUUCAUGGAAAAUACUGCAGACUGGAAAUCGUUCAGAUGCUGUUGUUCAAUGACACUAUUCGGUACGACGUCAACCCAUUGUGUAGCGAGAAGAAGCCGCUCGCGAGUGACGCAAUCGCUGUCAUAAUUAUCCUAUCGGUGCUUGUUGCCUUUAUUCUGUUCGGUACAUUGUAUGACAUCAUAGCGGUUCAAAUGAAAUGUUAUGAACAACCUAAAGAAAACAAACAGAAUGAACAUGAAAAACGCAACGGCGCAGUAAAUGGAGUGGGAAUAAAAGCUUAUAUCAACGGGGCAUACCAGCCAGCAACGGCGGGCUCGGAACACGAAAAAAAUAACUCUGUGAUCGAAAUGAUAGAAGGUGGACAAAAAAGCCCUGUUAUGGAGAUAGUAAAAGACAAAGAAAGGAAGCCUUCCACUGUGGGACUUAAUCCUAAAAACGAAAGCAGUACCUUGGAGAAGAUAUGUCUGGCAUUUUCGGCGUACAGUAACGGAGUGAAGAUAUUAAGCACAGUGCAAGGAGCGGGUUCCCUUGGGGCCCUUAAUGGUAUCCGGUUCCUCAGUAUGGCUUGGGUAAUACUGGGACACACCUACUUCUUUGCGUCCGGGUUUGACGCAAACCUUGGUGUGUUUUUCUACGACGAGCUGCAAAAGCCUUCAUUCAGUGCUGUGAUAAACGCAUCUGUAUCCGUGGAUUCCUUUUUUACCCUCAGUGGUGUCUUGGUGGCCUACCUGACCUUGCGAGAAUUGAAAAAGGUGAACGGGGCAAGAGGACUCAAUUGGUUCAUGUUCUACUUCCAUAGAUUCUGGAGGCUAACCCCGCCCUACAUGUUGGUCAUUAUGGUCGGCACUGUCCUUUUGCCUUACAUUGUAUCUGGUCCAUUCUGGAUUGAAGGCGAGUUUCCCUUUAUGAGCGGUUGCCGGAAGUUUUGGUGGACCAACCUGCUAUACGUCAACAACUACGUGCACACUGAUGACACGUGUCUGGGAUGGUCGUGGUACCUGGCAAAUGACAUGCAGUUUUACAUCAUUAGUCCUCUGAUACUCCUGCCGUUGUUCUAUAACGUGUUUGCUGGCGCGGCUUGCGGUUUCGUGCUCAUUGCAGCUUCGACCGCCGCCAUAUGGGUUAUAGACGUCAAUCAUGAGUACUCCGCACAGUCCGCCCUGCCUUUUGCUCCACACGCGAAAGAUACAAAUUUUACGAAGAAUCUGUAUUUCCCGAGCUACGCACGCGUUGGCCCUUACGUAUUGGGAUUGUUUGCUGGGUAUCUUCUCUACAAAACAAACUGCAAACUACGCAUUCCAAAGGUUAUGAACUUCCUGGGCUGGUUCCUGAGUUUUUCUGUAAUUUGCACCGUUAUCUACUCACCAUACUCAGAUGAGCGCAAUCACAUACUGAGUCUUCAGGAGUCUGCGGCGUAUCUCAGCCUUCAUAGAACGGGCUGGGGUCUAGCCAUGGUCUGGAUCAUUGUGACCUGCUGUACUGGGCAUGGAGGUUGGAUAAACCAGUUGUUGUCGUGGCGCGGGUUCAUUCCUCUGAGUCGUCUGACUUACUGUGCCUAUCUUAUACAUCCUCUCGUUAUGGUGACUUUCUACUCAAGCAGACGACAGCUCACUUACUUCACACAGUUUGAACUGAUCUACCUAUUUCUUGGUCAUAUGACUAUGACGUAUGGUCUCAGUUUCAUCGUGUCACUCGUGUUCGAAGCGCCAAUGAUGGGAUUGGAAAAGGCCGUAUUCAGAAAGGGCGGGAAAUAGAAGGAAUAAUGUUA